GCAUAUGUCUUUCCAUCAUUCUUGUAUGUGUUGUUAGAACUUAUGACGGGGAAGCGCUUUCUUCUCUCUGCUUUUUUCUCAGGUUUUGGAACUAAUCUGAAGUCUGUCGUUUAUUUUUCUUCUGACACCGUGUAUUUGGUUGGAAAUGAGGUUUGCCAUCUGUGUACGCUGAAGGAAAUAUGCAGAAGAAGGAUACAAAUAACAACCACCUUUCAGUCAAUGGAAAUUGAUCCUCUUCUUUAUGGCGCUGACAACUUCACUUAGCAGAACUUAGUCAAACUUAAAGGCUGCUGAUGAAUGCUACAGGGGUUAGCAGGUAGCAGGUUUAUUUUCCACGUAGAAAUGCUGCGAGUAGCCAAGCUCAGAGGCCUUGUCUGCCCCACUACCGGGCUGGCAAUUUCGAAUCUCUGUGGAAUCAAAUACUCUCUACAUUUAUUCUGGUUCUUCACAUACGAGGUUAUGUACUACAAGGUUGGAGGGUGUUGCUUUGGCUCCUUGAAGCCACUGUCAACCAGAAGGUUUGAGAUCAUUUCAGAUGAAGGGUAGCGAAGUAUACAGGGGACGCCAGGCCAAUGGUCUGAGGUUAAAGCUUUGUGUAAAAAGAGCCUCUUUCUUUGACAACCUGCGAGAAGAUCGGACAUAAGACAACUUUCCUCAAAAGGAUUUAUGACUUAGGUUCCGAAAGUCUUGAUGGCAGUCUCAGUCUAAUGCCGUCUAUGUUUUUACUCUACGUGGGUUUGGGGUUUGGCUAUUUGUGAAGUCCGUUGUGUUGUGAGGGCAGGCCCUGCUAAAGUGGAUUCCCCUUCACUAUUCAAGAAAAAUUGCGCUUAUUACGCUCUCAUUAGUGUUUAGUCCGACGCAGCAAGACCCGCUAGCUAUUGCUGACAUUAGCCAUAUGUUGUCGAUAUGCGACUUGAAAGCCUUUGGUAGGGCCUGGUUCUUCACUAUAAUCUGAUCAUGCGGAAAGCAUUUGAUGUUGAUAGUAUCAUAUUCUAGUUGUGACACGUCAAGGUAUCGUUCAUAAGUAGUCGAAUUUCUUUUCAAGAGCGUUAGUAGAAGAAAUGAGAGCCUCCCAUGUAAUGCUUAUGAGGUAGAAUUUAGCGAGUUAGACUGUUUAGUUUGUGUAGUGUUCCUUAAAUUACUUCAACUUUUUUUCUAUUGGUACAUUUUUGCUGUGCUUUUUAUUCAAGGGUAAGUCAGAAGGGUCACAGUCUGUAUUCGAAUCAAACGCGUUGAAAUUGUUGAAAGAUGCCGUUAUGCAAAUUGGUUCUCGCUAAGUAGGAUCAAGGCUUCCAUGAAUCUCUUUGGUGUGAGUUUAGAUUCCCUGAAGACAUGAGUCUAGGUUUUUCUUUCAAGGGUGGUCGAAGACUAGCCUGGGAGUUCGUCCAGGUGACUACAAUUUGAUCCGAUUGUCAAAGGGUUGAUAUCUUCAGGUUAACUUCUCUAAGGGUUCUAUGAGAUGGUCGAAUUUGGGGAGUAAAAUGGCCGUUGAUUGAUUAUAAUGAUUCAUCAUGUGCGAGUACAGACACUCCAGAAAUCUUGCUUGACUUGAAUGUUUUGUAUUCACUUUUAGGUAUUGGGCAUCACGGUUGUCCGUACAUGAACGUCUUGCUUCUUCGUUCCCAACCGUAUUCAGUUCAUUUUGCAAUGAGGUCUCAAACGUAUUGACGUCUAAUUGUGAUGAAAAGAACCCUGGAGGAUGAGCUAGGACGGCAGGAAAUGCGAAGAUCUAAACGAGAUGAUGUGUCUUGUUCUUGGUCAGCCAGUUUUUGAAGAGUUCUUCAGUCACUCCUUUCAACGACCUCGCCUGUUUUCUGAUCUACAGUGACAACUAGUCUCAUGCUUCGUUACCACUAAACUAAAAACUUAUUAAGGACGCACUUCUUUGAUAUCGAAUAUCAAGUUUGUCGGCGGAGUUAGGGCUGAGUACAUUAGCUAUAAUUGGUAUUGCGUAGCAAGGAGUAAGCCUUAUGGUGUCGAAUAUCCACUUCUAUAGAAACGUACAGUCUGUGAUAGUAUUGGGCCCAGAGGAUUGAUCGAUCUACAAACUAUGACAACUUUUGCACCCAUUUAAUAAUAUAACCUUUCAGAUUGU